AUAAAGAUCAAAGGGGCCAGCAGAAGUUUCAACGGUUCUAGUGAGAGGAUGAGAGAAGCGCUGUUUCCUCGCAGAUGGGUGUGCGUGCUUGGUCGCCCUCGUACAACUUGCAAAUCAAACACUUCUAAAGAAACGUCAUUUGUAUCUAAACUACAUUCAAUGAUAUUUUUGUUUGUAGUUGUUUAUUGUCAACGUUCACAAUGUUACCCGCGAAAUAUAGUAGAGUACUAGUUUUCUUCACAACGUUUUGGUUUUACGCAACUUUGGCACACGGGAGUGGAUUUAAUCAUUCAACUAUCUUGGACCCUCAUGGGAAGUAUCAUCUGAAGUGGAGGUUUGACCGGAUAACUAUUACUUUUGAAAUAGAAGUGGAAACUAGAGGAUAUAUAGGAUUUGGUCUAUCUCCCAACGGUGCCAUGGCGUCGUCGGAUAUUGUAAUUGGUGGAGUCACGGAUGGGACACCGUAUCUACAGGUAUGUUACUCACCUGGGUUUUACAGAAUGAAAGUGUCGCAAACUAUGCCUUGCUUUUUAUUACAUGAGAGGUGGGCUACUUUCACUGGUAUUUUAACAUUGCAUACAUAGUUCAAUUGUGCAGCUAUAUGAAAAUAAUGAUUUAUAUUACAUUUAUGUUUAACUAUUUUCACAGGGCACUUGGGGAUAUUUUGGUUGUUUACCUGAUUUCUUACUACAUGGCUCUGGACCUAAAAGUAUAUGAAAUAGUCAUUGAGGGUCUCCAAAUUGAACUUGUAGUUAUUGGUCAGGUGUAACAAGCUAAUGGCCCACUGCCUUAUGGUAAACUGUUGUGAUGCACAGCCAGCUACUCAUGGCUUGACUCCAACAGGGUAAAGGUUCUGGAUAUUGCUACACAUAUCACAGUCCUAUACUGCACUGCCUAAAGCCAUAGCCACCUGUGUGCACAACAAACCCCCAGGUAAGGCCUGACCACAGGAGUAUAUUGCUGGAUGGCCCUAAAAAUCAGAGGAAGGCCCUAAAAAUUAUCAAAGACUCCAGCCACCCUAAUCAUUGACUGUUCUCUCUGCUACCGCAUGGCAAGCGGUACCGGAGCGCCAAAUCUAGGUCCAAAAGGCUUCUUAACAGCUUCUACCCCCAAGCCAUAAGACUCCUGAACAGCUAAUCAUGGCUACCCGGACUAUUUGCAUUGUUAUUUUAUUUUACUGCUGCUCUUUAAUUAUUUGCUAUUUUUUACUUAUCUAUUUUUUACUUAACACUUUUUUUUUUACUGCAUUGUUGGUUAAUGGCUUGUAAGUAAGCAUUUCACUGUAAUGUCUACACCUGUUGUAUUCGGCGCAUGUGGCAAAUAAGAUUUGAUUUGAUUUGACAUCACAGGAAGCUCACUGUGCCUCUGGGAUCUGGCAAUGAUGCCACACAAUCUAACACAGUCCCUCUCAUUGUGUUACCAGAGGGUCAGGGUCUAUGAGGAGACAGCAGCUGUAGUUUUGUGCCAAUGUUGUUGUUUGUUGUUAUGUAUUUACAAGCAAUGCUUGAGAGUGAUAAGGAGAAAGACAUAACAGCCAGACACUUGCCAACAACAAAGCCCUGUUUAUACCUGGUGCUAACAUGUGUCCUGUUUCCUGAUCUUGUCUACAUUCUGAUUGUGCCCACAUUUUCAGAAAUGUGUCUACACAUGGUAUUAAGAUGUGUCAGUUAUCCGUCCACUGUGUCUGCAUUGUGACCAGAUUUCCUGGUCCAUCCCUGUAUGGAAAUAAUUUCACAGCUAUUCUUUCAAAAUAUGUUUUAUUUAUUUGAAGACAUAUUGAUGGCAUAAGUCAAUGGGCCACCUUGUCAAUUAUUUUAGAGGGUGGGAUAGUGCCGAUUAAAUGGUUUCACUGUCCACAUCCGUCUGUCCACAAUGCGUGCCUGACUACCUCCGGAGGUGGUCAGGAAGAUCUGAUCAGAAUCAGAUCACAAUGUGUCUUUUAAUCGUCUACUCCUGUCUAAAAAUGUGGCUACAAUCAGUGUGGAGAAGAUCAGGACAAAGGAAGCAUGUCAUUACCAGGUAUAAACGGGGCUCAAGACAGUUGAUUAACCAUUUGACAUGACAAAUGAAGCAUAGUCCUGUGGUAAUAGUCCUUUAGCUAGUCGUCAUCCUAGCUAAAGUAAUAAUACAGUAAUAGAUCAGUAAUUAAGCAAAGUAAUGCAAUUGUCUACCGUGCUCUUUCAAUUGUGUCAUUGGAAAACUGGUUUUCCCAAGGUUUAGUGAUUUACAUCUAUGUAUGUAUAUUUACAUUGAAGGGCUCUCUUGUCCCUCGUUCAGGACAGUGUUAUUGCAGACAGGACAGUUGUGUUUUAUCCGGCAUCCUUUCAACAGGAUUACUUUGCAGACGCCAACAGAAAAGUGCACAGAGAUGUGCAGCAGAACUACAGGCUGCAGUAUGGCAGGGAGAACAGCACACACACUGUCCUGGCUUUCAGCAGGGACCUCCUGACCUGUGACACAAGUGACAAGGACAUCACGGUACGUGGGUGGUGGAAAUGUUUUAUCUAUGGGAAAUGUGGAGGUUGAUGUUUGCAUGUUUGAAUGUGUGCGUAUGUACGGGGUUAAGUGGGUGGGCUUUUUAGUUUAAAUGUCAGUUCAUGCCCGAGGUGUCAUAGUACUUCUUACUUAAAUUAAUUUAUAGAUAAUAGAUGUGUAUGUGUAUUGUCUGCCCAGGAAAGCACAGUGAGAGUGAUAUGGGCCUACCACAGUGAGGAUGUGGAACCGUCAGGACCGAUGUACCAUGGAGUGAACAGAGGGAGGAAGAGUAUGCGGCUACUCAACCCAGGAAUUAAAGCUAAUAUUCCCUCUGGGAUUGACUUUUUCAACUUGCAAAACAUAAACGUAAGUGUGGUAGCUGGAGAAGAAAAACGUUACUUCUCUCACCCACUAUCCAUCUCUUAAACAAACUUGAUACCACUUCUAGCUUUUAUUACUUCAGAGGACCUUUUGUACUCUGAGACUGUAUUUGCACUGUGUGAGAUUUAUGAUCAGUCCAAUUUUAUGGAGAGUAAAUACAGUAUCAGUCUCUCUGUCUGUUUGUUUCUCUCAAGAUAGGUGCCAGUGCCAUUCAAGGACACUACCUACUGGUGUCAGAUAUUUAAGAUCCAGGAGGUUCAGAAGAAACACCAUAUCAUUAGAGUAAGUACAUACUUGGAAUUCAUUGAGCUAUAUUAACAACACAGCAGAAAAAGUAUUGCAAAUCGACAACAGGCUUUCCAUUGAGGAAGGAGUAGCCUAUAGUUCAGUCAUCAUGCAGUCACCUUGUUUACCUUUCUUUAAAGGCAUCUCACCUGGAUCAUUUCGGAGUUUUUAUUUGUCUGCCUGCCUACCUUUUUCAUUGCUGUUGUCUGAAGUGUGUUCCUCUUUCGUUGCUGUUGUCUGAAGUGUGUACCCCCUGUGGGGACAUUUCUCCCACUUCUGAGGCACACCUGCCGCUUGUUUGCAGCUCCAAAUUGCUACUGUGUAUUAAAUGAGCCAUUAUAUAAAUGAUAUAUCCCAAACAUAAUUGAACUAGUAUUAAACCAAAAGGCUUUAAAACACACUUGAUUAAAGGAGGUAGCACGUACAAUUUAGAAUCAAAAGAAUGGUACGAUGACACAUUUCUUAUCCAUUUCUUAUUCUAAUCCUUAGUGGGAUUUUUCAUAAAGACCAAGUGUGCUUUUGAAACUAGAUUGUUAUGUUUUACUAAAGGGCCUUAGUUAUAUUAACAUGGUAUGGACUAGUAGUACUAUAUUGUGUCGUGUUAUCAUUUGUCGUAUCACUUACAGUAGGACUUUUCUGCCAAGUAGAAAACAUGAGAGUUGCUUUUGAAGUUGCCAUGGCUAUGACCUCUUUGACUUUAGAAUCCUUGAGCUCAAAACAAAGAGUCUUCCAUCAUUAAGUGAACCUGCCAGAAAUAUAUAAAUAUAGCUACCUCCCUCUUCUCUUACUCCCCCUCCAGCACACAGCUUACUCUACUGUACAUGCAUCUGGCUCUUCUCUUCUGUUCUGCACUCUGAGGAUGACAAUUAGAUCAUAGAAUGAGAAACACCAGCACCAUUCUAUCAGAAAAAUAUGCUCCACUGUCCAUAUCCAAUUUGUCGGAGGAGCUGUGUAAGGGUCUCAGAAAAGGUCUUGAAAAUUCUACCCUUAUUAAAAAAAGGUCUGGAAAAUCCUACCCUUAUUAACAUCUGAUUCCACUAUACAUAACACAAACUGUUGUGAGAUAGCCCAGAUAUUGUUGUGAACUCUUAUUUUGGAGAGAGCUCUUUGCAUGACGAAAUAAUGUAAGAUGCUAAAAGUGUUGCCAUUAUAGAAUUAGUAGAGUAAAACGGAAAUCAUUUCAGUAUCCAAAUGCUACGUGGGAGUCGGACUGUUGUGAUUAAAUGUUAUUUUUCCAUCCCAGAUGUUUUCAUGUGCGUGUGCAUGAUGUGUGAGUCAGUGAGUGAGAGGCAGUAUGUAAGACAUCUGUUAUUAUGUGUGAUAUGAAUGGGACUGUCUCCUCCAAUUCAUCUGUGGUCUAUAAAGAAACACUACUAAAGUUUUUUGGGGGUUUUAAGGCAUUUAUACAAAAGUUUAAAAGGCCCAUCUAUUUUUCCCUGUGCACGUUAUAACAAUUAUCCUAUCUUGACACUGCAAAAAGCCCCCAUUCCCAUGAUAUUUUCUCAGUCACGGUUUCUGUCCUUACCCUCCGCUCCACCUGCUUCGUCCCUCUGGGGGAUUUGGUCUUUCACCACCUCACUCCACCCUCUAUUAUCUUGGGCACCGCAACCUCACCUCCUGUUUAGAUGACUCUAUGACUUUCAAGACUUCCUGAAAACUGUCUACAUGACAUGCUUAGUUUAGUUUGAUAGAUGUAUUCUAUUCAAUAAAGUUCUUUAUUCAGAGAAUGCGGCCUAUAAAGUGUUCUAUAAAGGCAGAGUUUGUUACACAGUGUACCAAAUCAUCUAACAAGAAAGGCGCUAUCCUUCCUCUCUCAUAGUACAAUCUCAACCUCAAACUUAGACUACCAUGGCUGCUUCCACCAUAAAUAAAUACAUUUGAGAAAAAGUAGGAAGAAUGUCUAAAUAUUAAUACGGUUGUCGUGGGCCAAGCUGUGGUCUUGUGUCCUGCUGAUUUGAAAGGAGGCCUCACAGUAUGAUGUCAUGGUUUACCCAGCAGGCAGCAAGCUGCUUUUCUCAGAAUCUCAGUCCAAACUAGAGGCCCCAAGGCCCAUUGAGGAAAAACUUAAUUAUUUAUAUUUAUUUUUCACUACUUCCAUCCUGAGGUGAACAGGGCUAACCCAAUCCUGUUUAUCCCCUCUUGUGUGUAUCCUACGGUUGAGAGCAAUAUAAUUGAGGUCUUGUAGCCUUUCCUGCAGUCAAUGACCAAAUCGCCCUCUAGUGGCCUCAUGGGUGGAAUGUUAUGAAUAUUUUUCAUUAUUUCCUAAUUAAUAAACUUUUUACGCCAAAAAUCCGGUGUUUCAAUGUCAAACGGUUUUGUUAUAUUUCAGUCUUCUGUGAUGUAUAUAAAGUGUAAUAUUGGGAUGCAAACUCAAAAUUGAAUACAUUUCAACUUUAUAUCUGACAUGGUACAGGUGUCUUCAUUUUUUAAAGCCCAUAACCAUGUGUGUAUACUUUUGUUUCAAUGUAGAGUUGUUUAAGACUACCAAGAAACACUCUAUGUGACCCUGAUUUAGCCCACUGCAGUAAAAGUUAAGGCAAGUGUAGGCAAUUCAAAAGAAGCCAACAGUGGUUAGAAUACACUAACAUUUACUACUUCCUUCUCUCUUCUUUUUGUUUACAGAUUGAACCUUUGAUUCAAAGGGGCCAUGAAAACCUGGUUCAUCACAUUUUGUUGUAUCAAUGUGAUAGCAGCUUGAAUGAGAGUGAGCUCGAGGCUGGCCAUGAAUGUUACCAUCCAAAUAUGCCUGACUCCUUUCUCACCUGUGAGACGAUAGUCUUCGCCUGGGCCAUUGGUGGUGAGGUGGGCAAUUGUUUUCAAUUUGUAGUCAUUUUUUAUUCAGUGUUGUAAAACUUUUAGUUAGCCACAUGUAUUUCCAUGUAUCAGAGUGAUCAUGUAAGCUUCCUUAUCGACAUGUUCAGGAUGCCUCUCAAUCUACCCUUACAGGGGUUCACCUAUCCACCCCAUGUUGGACUGUCCAUUGGCACAUCAAUAGACCCUGUCUAUGUCCUGAUGGAGGUCCACUAUGACAACCCAGCCUUUCAACAAGGUAUAGUACACCCACAAGGACACGUCAUGUUGCAUUACAAACAAUGAAUGUGACUUGUCUGCCUUGACUCUAUUGUAAUUUGCCCUUUUCACCCAUUCACACCAAAGUGAUAUCUACAGCACUUUACAGUUCAACAGUCAGUUACCCUGUUCAUUAUAGUGUUACUGUUUCAUUGUCAGGAGUGGUGGACAGCUCUGGCCUGCGUCUGUUCUACACCCCUGAGCUGCGUCAGUAUGAUGCAGGAGUGAUUGAGACAGGUGUGUGGGUGAGUCUGUACCACAUGCUGCCUCCAGGCAUGCAGGAGUACGUCUCAGAGGGACACUGUACCCGCGAGUGUUUGCAGGAGGUAAGACAGACAGCUAUGACGGAGUCCUUUCAAACUGGUGCGAUGCCAGACAUUCCCAUUUCACUAGGGAACAACAGGAGUCAAACAUCCACUGUUAAAUUACUGUUAUGCUAUACCACCAACAGUGACAAGCCUCCAUUUUAGUCUUGCUACGUGCCCAAAACAGUGAUCAUCCAAAAGCAAUUAAACUAAAAAGCACUUUCUGCAUCUCUGAGAUAAUAUCUAUUUGCUCCUCUGUCAGUCCCUAGGCCAGGAGAUGCCCAGCGGAGUGAGGGUGUUUGCUGUUCUGAUGCAUGCCCACCUAGCUGGCCGUGCCAUCAGAACCAGACACUUCCGGGAACAGAAGGAGCUGCAGCCCCUCUCACAUGACGAGGAGUUUGACUUCAACUUCCAGGAGUUCCAGCUGCUGAAGGAUGAGAGGCUGCUGUUACCUGUUGGUACUCUGAUAUACUGUUUAGCUGACAUGUUAAAGGUAGACUCAGCGAUAUGACGUAGGUGCACAAAGUAAACAGCAUAGUGGGUCAAUUUCCGCAACAACUAAGAGCGUUGAAGAGCAAGGCUAAACUCCUCCACUGUUUUCGUCCCGUACCUACCACGCUCUAACAACGUGAAGCGAACCCAUGCACAUGCGCAGAAACUGUGUGUGACCGUGUGAGAGAGAAGUCUUGCAUCUCGCUCACCGCAAUAUCUGCUCGUGGCAAUGUCAUUUCGCUGAGUCUACCUUUUAAGUAGUGUAGGAAAUAUGGGAAUAUAAAUCUACUGCUUGAGCUUGCCAUGCAGGUCGAAGCAUGUUCCCCUCUCCCUGUGAUGAACGGUAAUGAUUGAUGAUUGCAUGACUUUGAUCCACCUACAUAGAUACAGGACAUAAGUAGGGCUUCAUCUUUUGGCUUUGCUCACUAACGGCUGUUGCCUCGUACCUUUGACCGCAGCACAACCAUGCUAAAACCACAGGAAAUCACGCCUCCUUGUACUGGAUAUUACUGCUUUAGUGUUAUCUUAAUGAUGUACUUUAAUGAAAACGGCAUUCUGUUUGACGUGGGGUUCUAAAUUCACAACCACAGAAGUGCCUUGAUUUCAAAUUUCUUUUCAGGGUGACAAUUUGAUCACAGAAUGCAAGUACACCACAAAAGACAGACAAAACAUGACCUGGGUAAGAAUGCACUACUCACAAUCCACAUGGAUAAAUUAAUACUUAUUUUGCCUGCUUUCUCUAUUAUUUUCUUCUUUUUGCUUCUAUGGGGCCUUUGAAACUGAGCUGUCAGCCCUGACAUGGUGAAUCCAGCUCAUCCUUAAGAUGUGGCUUCUUCCUAAUGAUCUGUUUUAUGUGAGUUUACAGAGAUCACCUAAUUUUUCCAUGUGUUCUAUUGUUCCUCAGGCUGAGCCUACUUGAGUCUAUUUGAGCUCAUGUUUCUCAUCUGUCUGCGUGUUUCUGUGAUUUGAUGAUUUGGUUGAUUUGAUGAUUUGGUUGAUUGCAGUAUGGGACAAUAGUCGUCAUGUUCAUAACAACAUUACACAACCCUUGAGGGUAGAGCUAUGGGGUUAUUGCUUUGACUUCAGAUGUACCAUAAGAUGGACACAAAGCCCAUGUUGUUUUUUAACCAUUCUUACCUUUGAAGAAAAAUUACACAGAAGGAUAUCAUCAUUCUUAUUACACAAUUACGAAUGAAUAGAUUAGUAUACUUAAAUGGAAGGGAAUUUAGUGUUAUGUACUUACCGGUAAUAGGAUUGAGUUGUGUUUCGCCUGCAUGAACCUCUUGGUUGAUACUUUCAGAUUUUCUCUAUUUUGCAUAUUUUUGAUACUGAAUGCUAUCAGAUCUUCAACCAAAACCUAAUAUUAGAUAAAGGGAACCUUUUACCUUUCCCCUGUGUGAAAAGGUAAUUGCCCCCUUACACUCAAUAACUGGUUGUGCCACCUUUAGCUGCAAUGACUACAACCAAAUGCUUCCUGUAGUUGUUGAUCAGUCUGGAAGAAUUUUGGCCCACCUUCGCAUGCAGAACUGCUUUAACUCAGUGACAUUUGUGGGUUUUCAAGCAUGAACUGCUCUUUUCAAGUCCUGCCACAACAUCUCAAUUGGGAUUAGUUCUGGACUUUGAUUUGUUACUUUUUAACCAUUUUCAUGUAGACUUGAUUGUGUGUUUUGGAUCAUUGUCUUGCUGCAUGACCCAGCUGCGCUUCAGCUUCAGCUCACAGACGGAUGGCCUAACAUUCUCCUGUAGAAUUCAUGAUUCCUUCUAUUAUGAUAAGUUGGCCCGGUUCCUGAGACAGCAAAGCAUCCCCAAACCAUCACACUACCACCAUGCUUGACCAUUGGUAUGAGGUUCUUACUGUGGAAUGCAGUGUUUGGUUUUUGCCAGACAUAAUGGAACCCAUCUCGUCCAAAAAGCACCUGGAAGCAUCUGGAUGAUCAUCAAGACUCUUGGAAGAAUGUUCUAUGGACAGAUGAAUCAAAAAUAUAACCAAACACUACAUUCCACAGUAAGAACCUUAUACCAACAGUCAAGCAUGGUGGUGGUAGUGUGAUGGUUUGGGGAUGCUUUGCUGACUGAACGACUUGCCUUAAUAGAAGGAACCAUGAAUUCUGCUCUGUAUCAGAUAAUUCUACAGGAGAAUGUCAGGCCAUCUGUCUGUGAGCUGAAGCUAAAGCGCAGCUGGAUCAUGCAGCAAGACAAGGAUCCACAACACACAAUAAAGUCUACAUGAAAAUGUCUAAAAAGCAACAAAUGUGAUGUUUUGUAAUGGCCUAGACAAAGUCCAGACCUAAUCCCAAUUGAGAUGUUGUGGCAGGACUUGAAAUGAACAGUUCAUGCUUGAAAACCCACAAAUGUCGCUGAGUUAAAACAGUUCUACAUGGAAGAGUGGGCCAAAAUUCCUCCUCAGCGACGUGAGAGACUGAUCAACAACUACAGGAAGCGUUUGGUUUGGAGUCAUUGUAGCUAAAGGUGGCACAACCAGUUAUUGAGUGUAAGGGGGCAAUUCCUUUUUCACAUAGGGGCAUUGGGUGUUGCAUAACUUUGUUUAUUAAAUAAAUGAAAUAAGUAUGUAAUUGUUGUGUUAUUUGUUCACUCAGGUUCCCUUUAUCUAAUAUUAGGUUUUGGUUGAAGAUCUGAUAACAUUCAGUAUCAAAAAUAUGCAAAAGUAGAGAAAAUUAGAAAGGGGGCAAAUACUUUUUCACAGCACUGUAUGUGUUAAAGGCUGUCUGUCUUGGCUGAACAAUCUGUCUGCAAAUACAGCCCCAGGCCCACAGAUGGGAUCUUGGUUAUAUAGUUGUUUGCAGCUACUGGCACCGUUUCUUACAGAGACAUCAAACGAACAAAUGACUGAUGACUACAGUCGUAGAACGGAGCUCCUUUUCUUCUAGAGUUACUCUCUACUAUUCAGGAGUAAACAUGCCAACCAAUUAUUAUUCUGGAACAAUAUAAGACAGAAUUUUUAUCCAUUGUUAUGAUUCUGUGAAUUCUGUGAAUUCAUGCCAUUUAUUUUCCCCCAAAAUACACAUUCCCCAAAAUGCCAUUACAACUUUGUCACCACAAGGCACUGUUAUUGUGUCAGCUUUGUGUUAGACAUAAUACAGUGGGGGAAAAAGUAUUUAGUCAGCCACCAAUUGUGCAAGUUCUCCCACUUAAAAAGAUGAGAGAGGCCUGUAAUUUUCAUCAUAGGUACACGUCAACUAUGACAGACAAAAUGAGAAAAGAAAAUCCAGAAAAUCACAUUGUAGGAUUUUUUAUGAAUUUAUUUGCAAAUUAUGGUGGAAAAUAAGUAUUUGGUCACCUACAAACAAGCAAGAUUUCUGGCUCUCACAGACCUGUAACUUCUUCUUUAAGAGGCUCCUCUGUCCUCCACUCGUUACCUGUAUUAAUGGCACCUGUUUGAACUUGUUAACAGUAUAAAAGACACCUGUCCACAACCUCAAACAGUCACACUCCAAACUCUACUAUGGCCAAGACCAAAGAGCUGUCAAAGGACACCAGAAACAGAAUUGUAGACCUGCACCAGGCUGGGAAGACUGAAUCUGCAAUAGGUAUGCAGCUUGGUUUGAAGAAAUCAACUGUGGGAGCAAUUAUUAGGAAAUGGAAGACAUACAAGACCACUGAUAAUCUCCCUCGAUCUGGGGCUCCACGCAAGAUCUCACCCCGUGGGGUCAAAAUGAUCACAAGAACGGUGACCAAAUAUCCCAGAACCACACGGGGGGACCUAGUGAAUGACCUGCAGAGAGCUGGGACCAAAGUAACAAAGCCUACCAUCAGUAACACACUACGCCGCCAGGGACUCAAAUCCUGCAGUGCCAGACGUGUCCCCCUGCUUAAGCCAGUACAUGUCCAAGCCCGUCUGAAGUUUGCUAGAGUGCAUUUGGAUGAUCCAGAAGAGGAUUGGGAGAAUGUCAUAUGGUCAGAUGAAACCAAAAUAGAACUUUUUGGUAAAAACUCAACUCGUCGUGUUUGGAGGACAAAGAAUGCUGAGUUGCAUCCAAAGAACACCAUACCUACUGUGAAGCAUGGGGGUGGAAACAUCAUGCUUUGGGGCUGUUUUUCUGCAAAGGGACCAGGACGACUGAUCUGUGUAAAGGAAAGAAUGAAUGGGGCCAUGUAUCGUGAGAUUUUGAGUGAAAACCUCCUUCCAUCAGCAAGGGCAUUGAAGAUGAAACGUGGCUGGGUCUUUCAGCAUGACAAUGAUCCCAGACACACCGCCCGGGCAACGAAGGAGUGGCUUCGUAAGAAGCAUUUCAAGGUACUGGAGUGGCCUAGCCAGUCUCCAGAUCUCAACCCCAUAGAACAUCUUUGGAGGGAGUUGAAAGUCUGUGUUGCCCAGCGACAGCCCCAAAACAUCACUGCUCUAGAGGAGAUCUGCAUGGAGGAAUGGGCCAAAAUACCAGCAACAGUGUGUGAAAACCUUGUGAAGACUUACAGAAAAUGUUUGACCUGUGUCAUUGCCAACAAAGGGUAUAUAACAAAGUACUGAGAAACUUUUGUUAUUGACCAAAUACUUAUUUUCCACCAUAAUUUGCAAAUAAAUUCAUUAAAAAUCCUACAAUGUGAUUUUCUGGAAUUUUUUUUCCUCAUUUUGUCUGUCAUAGUUGACGUGUACCUAUGAUGAAAAUUACAAACCUCUCUCAUCUUUUUAAGUGGGAGAACUUGCACAAUUGGUGGCUGACUAAAUACUUUUUUCCCCCACUGUACAGCCUGAAGUGGUACUUAAUCUAUAUCAGUCACAUGUUUUCAGAAACAGAUUUUCAUGAUUUCUUCGUGGUUUGCAAGGACUAGCUGGAGCCAAAUCUUAGUGUUUGUUUAAGUUGAUGAUUGUUACACAGAUAUCCAUGUAUUUACAGAUUUGUUUUGUUGUGGGGCUAAAUAGAAUAAAAUAGAAGUGUAAUUUGAUAACAGUAAAGAAUAGUAAAGGCAGUGCUGCAGACUACACGUUCUGCGUAGGACCCCUGCGGCCCCUAAUUUUGUAAAUGCUAUUGUAAACAACAUUUUGGGAACUGAGUCAAGGUCUCAACUUAUUGUUGAGCGAUAGCAUACUAUAAUACACAAUGUGCAAUUUUGAAAUUUGGUUGUGCAUCAGCAGCUUUUCUCUUGUUAUGUCAGUCACUGACAGUCACUCAAUUAACCCAUGUCAGCUAACAUUUUAUAAGACUGCUCGGUAAGUUAGUCUAGCCAGCUAUCUAAACCUUCAUUGCUGAAUCAGGAAGGGCAAGUGCCCAGGGGCCCUGACCUCCAGGGGGCCCCUGACCUCCAGGGGGCCCACAUUGAUUUUGUUAGUCAUCCAGAUAUUGUAUGAACAUGGCAUAAGUCAAGGCAAAAUGUGUACAAUUGCAGAUAAUUAGCUUUAAAACUGCAACAUUUUCACUCCACCGCCAAGAGGGAGGCCACUAAAAUGUUUUUCCCAACCAAAUCUCACAAAAGGCUAGAGGAGGCUCUGAGUAUAUGUAACCUUUAAUUUAGCUGUUGUAUUGGUGUUUAGUAUACUGAAUAUGGAAAGGGGGAUACCUAGUCAGUUGCACAACUGAAUGCAUUGAACCGAAAUGUGUCUUCCGCAUUUAACCCAACCCCUCUGAAUCAGAGAGGUGUGGGGGGCUGCCUUAAUCGACAUCAUCAGCGCCCAGGAAACAGUUGUUGUUGGGGGUUAUCUGCCUUGCACAAAGUGCAGAACGGCAGAAUGUUCUACCUUGCCGGGUUCGGGGAUUCGAACCAGUGACCUUUCGGUUACUGGCCCAACGCUCUUAACCACUUGAUUUCUAGAUUUUUUCCCCUCUGGUUGUUCCCUCAGGGUGGUUUGACCACCAGGGAUGAGAUGUGUCUGUCCUACCUGCUCUACUAUCCCAGAGUGAACCUGGCCAGGUGUGAGAGCCUCCCUGAGAUCACCGGACAGCUUAAGUUCAUCGGAGUCAAAGAGAUCCAGGUGCCUGUCACGUAAGUAUGAGGCUCUGUACUGCAACUACAAUACCCAUAUACUGUAGCAGUUCAAGUUGGAACCUGUAACACCAAUUGGGGAAGAUAAUUUUUAGGUGAAGAGUUUUCUCUGCCUGGAGCACCUUACAAAGGUCAUACACUAUGCAUUCUCAGGGAUAAGUUAUGUUCCAAAUUAGUUACUGCAUGUUAUAGAGAGAGAGAGUACAUACAUGCAUUCCCCCAGGCCUGGGAGAGAGAAUAGGGGAAGGACUGGAAGAGGUUUAUGGGACAAAGAAAUUGCACUUCAUAGGAAGGAAGAAAGGACAGAGGAAUAUGGGUUAUAGUCCCAAAGAGCCUGUAAUCAAACUAGCCCAGUGGGGUCAACAAGUGGAGCACAUCUGAAGUUGAUCACAGUGUUACUCUUUUUCCUGUUUUAGAUGGUUCUGUUUUGUUUUACCUGUUAGCAUGCUGGAAUUUGACAGCAAGAUAUACAAAGCAAUAGUUUAUUGUUUUCCUUACUAUGUUUUUGCUCUUGCAUUCUAUUCCUUUUGUUCAAAAUAACAUAUUGUUCAUCCAUUUAAAUUAGACAAUGCACAAUAUUUGUCUCUGUCGCUAGAUUUCUAUCCAAUUGGCGACAGCUUUUCAUGGGAAUAUUCUAAAAUCUGAAUUAAGAAACAUUUUCCCUCCAGGUGGUGUUUCCACCAAACUGACUUGUUGUAGAGAAAUAUAUGUGCAUGAUGACAUAGUGCACCCAAAAUGUAAAUUUUCGCUUAAGUUUUCAUUAUCGAAUAAAAAUCUAAAGUUCAACCGAUAGUUUUGUCACAAAAAACUGUUGCGUUAAAUAGCAAAUGUGCCUACUCUGGUUCGUUCUAGCCAACAGCUCACAUAUACAGUGCGGGUAGGCUAGUCUACAUGAUGAGAUUAUUAUGGAUAAACGAGACUAUUUGUAUUUGUCAAACGGCAGUCAAGAAUCGAUCAUCAUGUCACCAGAAUAAGACCCUCGGUAUUUAUUGGAAUAGAGCAUCAAGCUCAUAGCGUGCACUUUCAACACCCUGUGAAGUUCAUCUUAAUUGACUUAAUAUGUAGCCUAAUAAACUGCGUGGUUUCCCGAGUCGUAGUUGGAGGACCACACACCAUAUCAUCGUAUAAAAAUCUUUGAUAUCCUCGCGUGACUCCAAGUUUGCUAUGAUAUGAUGGUUAUUAUAUCAGUAUUUGCGCGUGAAGGCGUUUCCACCGACAUUUCUCACAUAAUACAUUUUACCGACACAAAAAGAUCCCACCAUGUCAAAUAAACAUACAGUACCAGUCAAAAGUUUGGACACACCUACUCAUUCCAGGGGUUUUCUUUAUUUUUACUAUUUUCUACAUUGUAGAAUAAUAGUGAAGACAUCAAAACUAUGAAAUAACACAUAUGGAAUCAUGUAGUAACCAAAAAAGUGUUAAACAAAUCAAAAUAUAUUUCAUAUUUGAGAUUGUUCAAAGUAGCCACCCUUUGCCUUGAUGACAGCUUUGCACACUCUUGGCAUUCUGGUUUGGGAUGAGUUGGACCAAAGAGUGAAGGAAAAGCAGCCAACAAGUGCUCGGCAUAUGUGCGAACUCCUUCAAGACAGUUGGAAAGCAUGCCAGGUGACUACCUCAUGAAGCUGGUUGAGAGAAUGCCAAGAGUGUGCAAAGCUGUCAUCAAGGCCAAGGGUGGCUACUUUGAAGAAUCUAAAAUCUAAAAUAUAUUUUGAUUUGUUUAACACUUUUUUGGUUACUGCAUGAUUCCAUAUGUGUUAUUUCAUAGUUUUGAUGUCUUCACUAUUAUUCUAAAAUGUAGAAAAUAGUCAAAAUAAAGAAAAUUCCUUGAAUGAGUAGGUGUGUCCAAACUUUUGACUGGUACUGUAUUAUCUGUAGGUAUUUAUAAAAUUGUACCGAAACUUCCUGUUACAUCACAUCUGUUUUUUUUAUACUGUAUGACUUUACUCGCAUGAAAACUGUGGAUGGAAGCGUGGUUAGUGAAACAAAUAUUUUUGCCAUUAAGUUUUUCCAUCUUUGCUUUAUGCAAAUAAAAUGGCAUCAAAAGCAGAUGUGAAAUCCUGAAACAUAACAUUCUACAUUCUACUUCAUGUAAUCAUAAGAGUACGUAGAUGUCCGUUGAUUGUCAGUAUGUCAGUAAAUAAAAUAGACAUAGUGCAAACUGUUUCUUAAUUGAUGCUACUGUAUGUAUUGUAAUGUGUCCAUGGUGUUUCCUGUUCAUAUGCCGCUGAGUGGUAGGUUGUGUAAGGGAGAACUUAGACCUGAGAAUAAUUUUUAAAAGCCUGGAAAUGAGAGUCUAUUUGAUGGGUUGGGCUGCAGGAGUGCAUUUACUCUUCCUGCUAUUACAGCAGGGCUCAACUACUUUUGUUCCCAUUUAGAGGAAGAGGAAGUUUGAAUAGGUCAGGCUGGCUGCUCUAAACAGAUUAGGUUACACAGCUCUUUCUUCCCUCCAAGAAAGGCUAUGUGCUCUCCAAGAAGCCUUGUCCAUGAAGACGAACACCAACCUUCUGUAAACAAAAACAGGCCUUAGCAGGAAACAGCAGUCCCACUUUCCCUAACGUCUUCCCCAUGGAAAUGCUUUGGGAAUAAUUUAGUUAGCAGCUGCUCUUUUUCCUUCUGACCAUAAGUUGUAAACAUUUUGAAUAAUGUACAGUGCAUUCAGAAAGUAUUCAGACCCCUUCACUUUUUCCACAUUUUGUUAUGCUACAGCCUUAUUCUAAAAUGGAUUAAGUUAUUUUUUUCCUCAUCAAUCUACACACAAUACCCCAUAAUGACAAAGCAAAAACAGGUUUUGAUAGAUUUUUGCAUAUUUAUACAAAAUACAAAACUGAAAUAUCACAUUUACAUAAGUAUUCAAACCCUUUACUCAGUACUUUGUUGAAGCACCUUGUCACGAUCGUCGUAGGGAAUAGACCAAGGCGCAGCGUGAUGAACGAACAUGUUUAAACUUUAUUAUCUUUAGUGAUAAUAGACAACAAUAAACAAAACAAGAAACGACUCGUGAAGUCCACGGUAACAAUGACCAACACGGAACAAGAACCCACAAACACAAAGGGAAAACAGACAGUUUAAAUAUGGCUCCCAAUCAGAGACAACCAACGACAGCUGACACUCGUUGCCUCUGAUUGGGAGUCACUCUGGCCAACAUAGAAAUAAACACAACAGAAAGAACACACCCUGGCUCAACAUAUAGAGUCCCAGAGCCAGGGUGUGACAGUACCCCCCCCUAAAGGCGCGGACUGCGACCGCGCCUCAACUUGAACAAAACAGGGGAGGGCUGGGUGGGCAUUCCUCCUCGGCGGCGGUUCUGGCUCUGGCCUUGCCCACCACCCUCCAAUAAACCCCCCAUAGCGCCCCUGGUCCAGCCUGGCCCCGCUGGCUGGAGCUGAACUGGACGCAGCAGGAGCGGUUAGCUUCAGCUCCGUAGUGGAGCAGUUGACCGGUACCUUACCAGGCACCGGUGACCCAGGCACGGGUUGUGCUGGACUGACGACGCGCACCCCUGGCUUGGUGCGUGGAGGAGGAACGGGCCUUACCAGGCUGACGACUCGCACCCCUGGCUUAGUGCGAGUAGCAGGAACAGGCCGGGCCGGGCUGGCGACGCGCACCCCUGGCUUGGUGCGUGGAGCCGGAACGGGCCGGACCGGGCUGACGAUGCGCACCCCUGGCCUGGUGCGUGGAGUAGGAACAGGCCGGACCGGGCUGACGACUCGCACCCCUGGCUUGGUGCGUGGAGUAGGGACAGGCCGGACCGGGCUGGCGACGCACACCGUAGGCUUGGUGCGUGGAGUAGGGACAGGCCGGACAGGGCUGGCGACGCACACCGUAGGCUUGGUGCGAGGAGCAGGGACAGGCCGAACCGGGCUGGCGACGCACACCGUAGGCUUGGUGCGUGGAGCAGGGACAGGCCGAACCGGGCUGUGGAGACGGAUAGGAGACCUGGAGUGAAGAGCGGCCACAACCCGUCCUGGCUGAAUGCCUACCCUCACACACUCUGUGUGAGGCAUCCGCACAGGACGUACAGGGCUGUGUACCCGUACUGGCAUAACAGCACGUGACACUGGAGCAGGAUAUCCGGGACCGCGGAGAGGCAUUGGAGACCACGAGCGUUGAGCCGGCACACUCCGUCCUGGCUGCAUACCCCCCUUCGCACGACACGUGCGGGGUGCUCGCACAGGACGUACAGGACUAUGCCGGACCACUCGUGGCACAGUACGCCGCUCCGCAUACCGCGGAACCUGCCCCGUCCCAUGCUGCCAUGCCUGAGUACGGGAAGUUGGUUCCGCUCUCCAUCCAGGCUCCGCCAACCUGCCUUCUGGCCCCCCUAACCCGGUGGCCUCCUCUCCAAAUCGCCCUGUGGCAGCCUCCUGCUGCCCAGCCGCCCAUGCCGUGUGCCCCCCCCUAAAAAAUUUUUUGGGUUGCCUCUCGUCCGUCCGACGAUGACACUGCUGACGCCGCUGCUCCUCUCUCGCCAAGGCCUUAAUCCUAGCCCAUGGUCCCUUGCCCCCGAGCAUGUCCUCCCAGGACCACGAUUUGCCCACCUGGGCCAUCGCCAACCUCUCCAUCUCCUUUCCCGGCGCUUCCUCCCAUGUCCAGUCUGCCUGCUCCUGGACACGCUGCUUGGUCCUUUUAUGGUGGGUUCUUCUGUCACGAUCGUCGUAGGGAAUAGACCAAGGCGCAGCGUGAUGAACGAACAUGUUUAAACUUUAUUAUCUUUAGUGAUAAUAGACAACAAUAAACAAAACAAGAAACGACUUGUGAAGUCCACGGUAACAAUGACCAACACGGAACAAGAACCCACAAACACAAAGGGAAAACAGACAGUUUAAAUAUGGCUCCCAAUCAGAGACAACCAACGACAGCUGACACUCGUUGCCUCUGAUUGGGAGUCACUCUGGCCAACAUAGAAAUAAACACAACAGAAAGAACACACCCUGGCUCAACAUAUAGAGUCCCAGAGCCAGGGUGUGACACACCUUUGGCAGCGAUUACAGCUUUGAGUCUUCUUGGGUAUGAUGCUACAAGCUUGGCACAUCUGUAUUUGGAGAAUUUCUCCCAUUCUUCUCUGCAUAUCCUCUCAAGCUCUGUCAGGUUUGAUGGGGAGUGUCGCUGCACAGCUAUUUUCAGAUCUCCAGAGAUGUUAGAUCAGAUUCAAGUCCUGGCUCUGGCUGGGCCACUCAAGGACAUUCAGAGACUUGUCCCGAAGCCACUCCUGCAUUGUCUUGGCUGUGUGCUUCGGGUCGUUGUCCUGUUGGAAGGUGAACCUUCGCCCCAGUCUACGGUCCUUAGCACUCUGGAGCAGGUUUUCAUCAAGGAUCUCUCUGUACUUUGCUCCUUUCAUCUUUCCCUCGAUCCUGACUAGUCUUCCAGUCUCUGCCGCUGAAAAACAUCCCCACAGUAUGAUGCUGCCACCACCAAAUGAAAUCAAAUCACAUUUUAUUGGUCACAUACACAUAUUUAGCAGAUGUUAUUGCGGAUGUAGCAAAAUGCUUGUGUUCCUACAGUGAGGGAAAAAAGUAUUUGAUCCCCUGCUGAUUUUGUACGUUUGCCCACUGACAAAGAAAUAAUCAGUCUAUAAUUUUAAUGGUAGAUUUAUUUGAACAAUGAGAGACAGAAUAACAACAACAAAAUCCAGAAAAACGCAUGUCAAAAAUGUUAUAAAUUGAUUUGCAUUUUAAUGAGGGAAAUAAGUAUUUGACCCCUCUGCAAAACAUGACUUAGUACUUGGUGGCAAAACCCUUGUUGGCAAUCACAGAGGUCAGACGUUUCUUGUAGUUGGCCACCAGGUUUGCACACAUCUCAGGAGGGAUUUUGUCCCACUCCUCUUUGCAGAUCUUCUCCAAGUCAUUAAGGUUUAGAGGCUGACGUUUGACAACUCGAACCUUCAGCUCCCUCCACAGAUUUUCUAUGGGAAUAAGGUCUGGAGACUGGGUAGGCCACUCCAGGACCUUAAUGUGCUUCUUCUUGAGCCACUCCUUUGUUGCCUUGGCCAUGUGUUUUGGGUCAUUGUCAUGCUGGAAUACCCAUCCACGACCCAUUUUCAAUGCCCUGGCUGAGGGAAGGAGGUUCUCACCCAAGAUUUGACGGUACAUGGCCCCGUCCAUCGUCCCUUUGAUGCGGUGAAGUUGUCCUGUCCCCUUAGCAGAAAAACACCCCCAAAGCAUAAUGUUUCCACCUCCAUGUUUGCCGGUGGGGAUGGUGUUCUUGGGGUCAUAGGCAGCAUUCCUCCUCCUCCAAACACGCCGAGUUGAGUUGAUGCCAAAGAGCUCGAUUUUGGUCUCAUCUGACCACAACACUUUCACCCAGUUCUCCUCUGAAUCAUUCAGAUGUUCAUUGGCAAACUUCAGACGGCCCUGUAUAUGUGCUUUCUUGAGCAGGGGGACCUUGCGGGCGCUGCAGGAUUUCAGUCGUUCACGGCUUGGUGUGUUACCAAUUGUUUUCUUGGUGACUAUGGUCCCAGCUGCCUUGAGAUCAUUGACAAGAUCCUCCUGUGUAGUUCUGGGCUGAUUCCUCACCGUUCUCAUGAUCAUUGCAACUCCACGAGGUGAGAUCUCGCAUGGAGCCCCAGGCCGAGGGAGAUUGACAGUUCUUUUGUGUUUCUUCCAUUUGCGAAUAAUCGCACCAACUGUUGUCACCUUCUCACCAAGCUGCUUGGCGAUGGUCUUGUAGCCCAUUCCAGCCUUGUGUAGGUCUACAAUCUUGUCCCUAACAUCCUUGGAGAGCUCUUUGGUCUUGGCCAUGGUGGAGAGUUUGGAAUCUGAUUGAUUGAUUGUUUCUGUGGACAGGUGUCUUUUAUACAGGUAACAAGCUGAGAUUUGGAGCACUCCCUUUAAGAGUGUGCUCCUAAUCUCAGCUCGUUACCUGUAUAAAAGACAUCUGGGGGCCAGAAAUCUUUCUGAGAGGGGGUCAAAUACUUAUUUCCCUCAUUAAAAUGCUAAUCAAUUUAUAACAUUUUUGACAUGCAUUUUUCUGGAUUCUUUUGUUGUUAUUCUGUCUCUCACUGUUCAAAUAAACCUACUAUUAAAAUUAUAGACUGAUCAUUUCUUUGUCAGUGGGCAAACGUACAAAAUCAGCAGGGGAUCAAAUACUUUUUUCCCUCACUGUAGCUCCAACAGUGCAGUAGUAUUUAACAAUUCACAACAAUACACACAAAUCUAAAAGUAAAAGAAUGGAAUUGAAAUAUAUAUAAAUAUUAGAUUGAGCAAUGUCGGAGUGGCAUUGACUAAAAUACAGUAGAAUAGAAUACAGUAUAUACAUAUGAGAUGAGUAAAGCAGUACGUAAACAUUAUUAAAGUGACUAGUGUUCCAUUAUUAAAGUGGACAGUGAUUCCAAGUCUAUGUAUAUAGGGCAGCAACCUCUAAGGUGCAGGGUUGUGUAACCGGGUGGACGCCGGCUAGUGAUGGCUAUUUAACAGUCUGAUGGCCUUGAGAUAGUCCCAGCUUUGAUGCACCAUGCUUCACCGUAGGGAUGAUGUUGGCCAGGUGACGAGCAGUGCCUGGUUUCCUCCAGAUGUGACGUUUGGCAUUCAGGCCAAAGAGUUAAAUCUUGGUUUCAUCAGACCAGAGAAUCUUGUUUCUCAUGGUCUGAGAGUCCUUUAGGUGCCUUUUGGCAAACUUGUGCCUUUUACUGAGGAGUGGCUUCUGUCUGGCCACUCUACCAUAAAGGCCUGAUUGGUGGAGUGCUGCAGAGAUGGUUGUCCUUCUGGAAUGUUCUCCCAUCUCCACAGAGGAACUCUGGAGCUCUGUCAGACUGACCAUCGGGUUCUUGAUCACCUCCCUGACCAAGGCCUUUCUCCCCUGAUUGCUCAGUUUGGUCAGGCGGCUAGCUCUAGGUGGAAUACAUUUUAGUCAUUUAGCAGACGCUCUUAUCCAGAGCGACUUACAGUUAGUGAGUGCAUACAUUCUUUAUUUAUUUUUCAUACUGGCCCCCCUUGGGAAUCGAACCCACAACCCUGGCAUUGCAAACACCAUGCUCUACCAACUGAGCUACAUCCCUGCCGGCCAUUCCCUCCCCUACCCUGGGCCAAUUAUGCGCCGCCCCAUGGAUCUCCCGAUCGCGGCCGGCUACGAUAGAGCCUGGAUUCGAACCAGGAUCUCUAGUGGCACAGCUAGCACUGCGAUGCAGUGCCUUAGACCCCUGCGCCACUCGGGAUCAGUCUAGUCUUGGUUCUUCCAUUUAAGAAUGAUGGAGGCCACUGUGUUCUUGGGGAUGCUGCAGACAUUCUUUGGUACUCUUCCCCAGAUCUGUGCCUCGACACAAUCCUGUCUCGGAGCUCUACGAACAAUUCCUUCAACCUCAUGGCUUGAUUUUUGCUCUGACAUGCAUUGUCAACUGUGGGACGAUAUAUAGACAGGUGUGUUUCUUUCCAAAUCAUGUCCAAUCAAUUGAAUUUACCACAGGUGGACUCCAAUCAAGUUGUAGAAACAUCUCAAGGAUGAACAAUGGAAACAGGAUGCACCUGAGCUCAAUUUCAAGUCUCAUAGCAAAGGGUCUGAAUACUUAUGUAAAUAAGGUAUUUCUGUUUUAGCUUUGUCAUUAUGGGGUAUUGUGUGUAAAUUGAUGAGGACAAUUUUUUAUUUAAUCAAUUUUAGAAUAAGGCUGUAAUGUAACAAAAUGUGGAAAACGUGAAGGGGUCUGAAUACUUUCCGAAUGCACUGUACAUGUAUACAGCGACUGAUAUAUUGUGCAUCAGCAGAUGUAUGGUAAAGAUUCUACCUUUUACAUUCUAUGUUUUACAUUCUACCUUUUACAUUCUAUGUUUUACAUUCUACCUUUUACAUUCUAUCUUUUACAUUCUACCUUUUACAUUUUUCCUUUUACAUUCUACCUUUUACUUACCUACCUUUCACUUACUGUACAUUCUUCUUCUGUCAAAGGACCUGGCCUUUCAUGAUCAAGAGCCCAAAGAAGUACAGCAAUCUCUCCUUCACAGAGGCCAUGGACAAGUACAGGUGGUCGAAGAACAGAGGGAGGUCCUUCAACGAGAUGGUUCUACAGCUGCCCAUGAACGUGCGCUGCUCCAAGUGGGGGCAGGAUGAGUGGUCGGUGAGUGUUCAGUCAGGGCUGGGGCUGGGGAUCAGGAUGCUGGGGCUGGGGCUGAUGUAG